AUGGGAGAUUGGGAGUCGGACGAGUUCAUGUCGGAUUGGGACAAAACGUACGUAUCGACCAACGUCAAGCCUGGGUCCAGAUCGUAUGACAAGGAUUUCUUUCUGGGAUUAAGGUCGAGCUUUCAAGAUCAGCCGCCGCUCGAGUCAAUUUCUGAUGCGAUAAUUGCCACGGCUUGCUGCGCCGUUGGCCGCGCAGAUGUCGUCGGUCGCUUCUUUGACGACAUCACCCACGAUCUGAGCCCUGAAGAAUCCCAAGCAAUUUUCCUUCGUCUGAGGGAAUCGAUCACCUUUGUGUUCCCCUAUCUCGGAAUACCAACAUGCAUUCCCGCCUGCUACGGCAUGAUCGGCGUGGUAAAACGGAAAGGAUGGGAGUUUGCAUCUACUGAAAGAUUGCGAGGCCGCAUGAUAAGUGUUGAUGACGCGAAGAGAGGCCGGGAGCUGCGCACGUCUGUGUAUCGUAAUGUUGGAAAUUCGGAGAUUUUUGGACUGAUGGACACAUAUUUCACUGAUUUGUUCAUGUGUUCAACUGUUGUUACAUGGGGAUACCUCUUAGCCAGGGCAAACGAGAAGCUUUUCCAGAUACACGAGUCACACCUUGUGGUCGCGGCCACCAUCAUGGCUCUUGGCGCGACGCGACAGACAAAGAGUCACAUCAAAGCAACCUUAGGUUUGGGAAGCUCCGUGCAAAGCGUGAAAGCUGUGAUGAACGUUGUCGGGCAGAUCUCGGAUUGGGCUGAUCGUCCACUGGUCGACUUCGACGUCGACGAAUUAGCCGGUCAGGUUCAGCAAGGUGUCGGCAGAUGA